ACUCGGAGCGCCCGGGAGGGAGGCUCUAGUUCACAGAAGCUGUUGUCAUCCGACACUGAGGUUUUGGGACUUGGCGGAGAAGGCAGAGUGUACAACUGAGACCACUGCUAACCAAUUUAAGACUCCAGAUUAUCAGCACCCUGGCUUCCUCAGUCAGUCUAAGAAGCCCCAGCCUGAGACCUCUGGAGGAGGCCUCCAUCCUUUGUCCAGAGCAGAACAGGAUGGCCAUUUCCCAGGAAUCCCUGACCUUCAGGGACGUGUUUGUGGACUUCACCCUGGAAGAGUGGCAGCAACUGGACCCUGCUCAGAAAAACCUCUACAGGGAUGUCAUGCUUGAGAACUACAGCCACCUGGUGUCUCUGGGGUAUCUACUUGCCCAACCAGAUGUGCUCUUCAGGUUGGGACAAGGAGAAGAGGCCUGGAGGGCAGAUGGAAGGACUCCGAUACAGAGCUGUCCAGGUGAGCAGAAUCCAGAUGUAUCCAUUUUUGCCUCAUGUAUUUUGAAGUGCUGUUAUUAGAAGUCUGGCAAGUUGAUGAGCAGAUAGAUAACUACAAGGAAAGUCAAGACAGACCUCUGUGGCAAGCUGCAGUCAUAGACAAGG